GCGUUGUUAUCGUCAUUUUAUCCUCUAUAAAUUUUAGUGUAUCGUAUCCGUCUCGAGUAUAAUAUUUCGCGUCGAUUCGUAAAAUUACGAAAUAUUACUGAUAGUUUACAUCAUAUGAUAUAUGCAUGCGUUCGAUCUCAAAACUUAUCCCAAGUCAACCAAUAUGAUAGACAUAAAAAACUAGAUCCCUUCAUUCAUUGGUCGAUCGUUUGGUAGGCGUCUCGAUAACUGGUCGUGCAAUCGCGGUUCACAGGUCAACCACUAGAUCGGCCGAUAUAUUUUCUCUCUGCACAGAUAGUUCCUGUAGCAUUCUCGUGCAAUCGGUGCUCGUUGAAGAGAAAAGUAACGAAAGGGAAGAGAGUUGAACGUCUAACGUAUUUUUAACUUCUGUUUCGAUUUUUUUUCAAAGUGACGAUUUAAUGGUAGCACUAUCCACGUGGUGCUCCAAGGCUGCGGCCUUCAGGGCCGUGAUAUUGGGUGCCCCCGCAUCUGGCAAGGGCACUAUGUCAGCUCGAAUUGUUGAACACUUUAAGGUGGCUCACAUAUCUAGCGGCGACAAAUUACGACUUCAUAUGACAAAUAAAACCGAAUUGGGUAAAGUGGUCUCGAGUUACGUGCUGUCUGGUAAAUUCGUUCCCGACGAUGUAAUGAUCUCGAUGAUAAAAAAAGAAAUCGAGUUAGUAGGAGACAAAAAUUGGUUACUGGAUGGAUUUCCGAGAACGUUACUGCAAGCGGAAAAACUACAAAAAACUUCUCCGGUGAAUCUUGUCCUCUACCUUGACGUGCCUGUUUCGGUGAUUUUAAAUCGCGUGGAAAACAGGUGGGUUCAUUUGCCCAGUGGAAGGGUUUACAACAUCGGGUUCAACAGUCCGAAAGUGCCGGGUAAGGAUGAUGUAACUGGUGAGCCUCUAUGUAAAAGAGAUGAUGACAAGGUGGACAUUGUAAAGGAGAGAUUAGCAAGAUACUCGAAGGAAAAUACACCUAUUUUAAAGUUCUAUGAAGAUAUUGGGAUAUUAAAAAGUUUCCAAGGUAACACUACUGAUGAGAUGUGGCCGCAUGUUAAAAAUGCCAUCACAGAAUUCAUGUCCUAAUUAUAAGUACU